AUGUUGAAACUGAAUGAAGAAAAACUCCAGCAAUUUGCAUCCACAGUGAGUUCAAUCCAAGACAAGACAACACGAAGUGCAUUGAAUACACUCCUUUCGAUAUUGGAAGACAACAUUCCGACACUUUCACUCACACGUUCUGGAUCCUUCUUACCAACACUGAUACCAUAUAUAUUACACCCAUUCUCCGAAAAGAAACUAAUACCUCCAGAGUUAGACUUUUCUCCUGAAGAAAAAAUGGUUGAAGCGUCAGUCAAAAGUUUAAUGACGUGGAGUGAGAAACAACGGAUGAGUGUCAUAUUUGACUCGGACAUAUCUGGAUUGAAGGAUGACUCAUUUCUAGAGUCAUUGUAUAACCACUCAAGGCAGUACGUUGUUAUAGAGUCCAGUGAUGGGUGCGUUUUUGGUGGGUAUAUUCACCGUCGCGUCAGAGAGUUGAAUGUUGAUGUCGAAGACAAAAAGGCGUUUCUCUUUUCCUUUCAGCUUGACCACAAUUACACAAAUAUCAAAUACGAACUUCGUGAUGAAGAAAGUGAACGAGGCGUAUUGUGUGUAUCGCUUCGACAAUGA